UAUCAUUCGUGAUUUGGCUCUGGCAGUGAGAGGAGCACAGUUUCUGAUGCCAAACAAAUACACAUACACACACUGACGCAAUCGUAAAACACACUCACGAAGCAAAUUUGUUGCUUCUAAAGGAUUUCCACAGCGCAAAGGAUACACUCUCUCAAUAUAAAAACGUGUUGCAGUCGUUCGCUUCAUAUCAUUUCUCAGCGACAACUCGUCACAGUCACAACUCAAGAAACUUAGUUAAAAAAUAAUAAAAUACAAAAACUCAAUUUGUUGUGUCUUAACGAUAAACUAAAGGAAAAGGAAUCGCGAGAACCAAUAACAUCAAACCAAAUACCUCAACAAAAUAGCAAAAAAAUAUAAAAGUUUAAUUAAAAUACGAGUAACAAAUUUAUAAUUGCAACUACCUCAUUUUUGUAUAACGUGAACUUUUGUAAACUGUGCAACAACUACCUCAAAGUACAAACACACACAUCACAUCCAUACCCUCACCCACACACACACCAAGUGCGCGAAAUUAUAAAAAAGAAGUUUUUGAAAAGUUUAAAACUAAAAAGAGCUCAAAUGAAAUUAAGUGUUCAGAACUGAAGUAAAAAACAAAUUGUAGUGAAAUUGUAAGCAAAACGCUUACAAUUUGAUUUGCUCGAUCGGAGCAAGGACACCAACAAACAAUCAAACACACAGCAUACAGUUAUGGCCAUAUCAAUGUUGCAGGACGCGCAAACACGAAGCUUAGCCGCUGCCUUGGCUGGCAUCAAGCGCGAGGACAUGGUUGUAGAUCGCUCCAUGUCGCUGUCCCCGCCCAUGUCUGCAAAUACCUCGGCCAGCAGCCCAGUGGCCUCCACCAAUUCUCACUCCCUGUACCCCGCGAUGGGCCUACAACAGGCGGCAGCAGCGUCCGCCUUCGGCAUGCUCUCGCCCACACAGCUGCUGGCUGCCAACAGGCAGGCGGCCGCCUUUAUGGCCCAGCUGCCAAUGAGCACAUUGGCCAACACACUCUUCCCACACAAUCCCGCGGCGCUCUUCGGCGCUUGGGCCGCCCAGCAUCAGCAACAGCAGCAGCAGCAACACCAACAGCAGCAGCAACAGUUGCAGCUGCCGCUAGCUGGAACCCAUCUGCAUUCGCCCCCUGCUAGCCCCCAUUCCCCGAUAGCCGGCAGUGGAAAGCACCCGCUGAGCUCGCCCAACAGCACGCCGCAGCAUCAUUUGGGCCUGGGCUUGGGUGAGCCGGUGAAGAAGGCUCGCAAGCUGUCGGUCAAGAAGGAGUUCCAAACGGAGAUCAGCAUGAGCGUAAGUGACUUGUAUCACACACCUAGUGGACCCAUCUCACCGCCCUCCAGCGGCAGUUCGCCCAACUCUUCGGCACAUGAGGCCACUGCAGCAGCAGCAGCAGCAGCAGGAGCAACAGGAGCAGCGGCUCCAGCUAAGGACCCAUCGCGCGACAAGAGCUUCACGUGCAAGAUCUGUUCACGCAGCUUUGGCUACAAGCAUGUCCUGCAGAACCACGAGCGCACGCACACCGGCGAGAAGCCGUUCGAGUGCCCCGAGUGCCACAAGCGCUUCACCCGUGACCAUCACCUGAAGACGCAUAUGCGCCUGCACACAGGAGAGAAGCCCUAUCACUGCUCCCACUGCGAUCGCCAGUUCGUGCAAGUGGCCAAUCUGCGGCGGCAUCUGCGCGUUCACACAGGUGAGCGGCCCUACACCUGCGAGAUCUGCGAGGGCAAGUUCAGCGAUUCCAAUCAGCUGAAGUCCCACAUGCUGGUCCACAAUGGCGAGAAGCCGUUCGAGUGCGAGCGCUGCCACAUGAAGUUCCGCCGGCGCCACCACCUGAUGAACCACAAGUGCGGCAUCCAAUCGCCACCCACGCCCGCCCUCUCGCCGGCCAUGAGCGGCGACUACCCAAUGGCUACGGCAGCAGCAGCUGUUGCCGCAGCUGCCGCCCUGGAGUGCUCCACCAACAAGUUCGCCGCCAUGUGCGCCAGCUACGGCGGCUCGGAGGAGUCCGUCGAUUUGGCCAAGAGCAGCCUGGACGAGGAGGCGCCGCUCGACCUGAGCGAGGAUGGCGCCAGCUCCGUCGAUGGCCACUGCAGCGGCAGCAAUGCCCGCCGCAAGGCGCAAGACAUCCGCCGCGUCUUUCGGCUGCCGCCGCCACAGAUCGUGCACGUUGCCAGCGACAUGCCCGAGCAGACGGAGCCCGAGGAUCUGAGCAUGCACUCGCCGCGGUCCGCGGAGUCGCACGAACAGCACAGCGAGGACAUCGACCUCGACGAGCUGGACGAUGCGGCUGCGCUCUAUCUGCGGCAGCAGCAGCUGCAGCAGCACUAAGCGAACUGUGCUAGUGGGCACACCUUGUAUAUAAAGGGUUCAAGAGGCCAGCGUGUUCAUCAGAUGAGGCUGGCUGAUGGGUUAAUGGAACAGGAAUUUAUGUCAAGUACAACUAGCUUGCAAAACUAAAAAACAAAAAA